AUGGCUUCCCGUACAUUCUCGAGAGCAGCUCUUCGCUCGUCCUUGGCCAAACAACUCACCGGUGCUUCAGCUCGUCGCACCUUUGUCUCUGCCCUCAAUGCUUCUGCCAGACCGACUGUUGCCCGCGCUGCUGUGGCAUCGAGUCAACAGGUCAGAGGUGUAAAGACAAUUGACUUUGCCGGCACCAAGGAGGAUGUCUAUGAGAGAGCAGACUGGCCUGCUGCCAAGCUCCAAGAUUACUUCAAAAAUGACACAAUGGCAAUCAUUGGAUACGGGUCGCAAGGCCACGCCCAGUCCUUGAACAUGCGUGAUCAGGGCCUCAACGUUGUUGUCGGUGUACGAAAGAACGGUCAAUCAUGGAAGGAUGCUCAACAAGACGGCUGGGUCCCAGGAAAGAACCUCUUCGAUGUUGAUGAGGCCAUCUCCAAGGGAACCAUCAUCAUGAACUUGCUCAGUGAUGCUGCCCAGAGUGAGACCUGGCCCGCAAUCAAGCCCCAGAUCACCAAGGGAAAGACUCUCUAUUUCUCUCACGGUUUCUCCCCAGUCUUCAAGGACCAGACUAAGGUCGAGGUUCCCGCCGAUGUCGAUGUUAUCCUCGUUGCCCCCAAGGGUUCCGGCCGAACUGUUCGAACUCUGUUCCGCGAGGGACGUGGUAUCAACUCCUCUAUCGCUGUCUACCAAGAUUUCACUGGCAAUGCCAAGGAGAAGGCAAUUGCUCUCGGUGUUGGUGUUGGCAGUGGUUACCUCUACGAGACCACCUUCGAGAAGGAAGUUUACUCUGACUUGUACGGUGAGCGUGGUUGCUUGAUGGGUGGUAUUCACGGCAUGUUCCUUGCACAAUACGAGGUUCUCCGUGAGCAAGGCCACAGUCCCAGCGAGGCCUUCAACGAGACCGUCGAGGAGGCUACCCAAUCCCUGUACCCCUUGAUUGGUGCCAACGGUAUGGACUGGAUGUACGAGGCGUGCUCUACCACUGCCCGUCGUGGUGCCAUUGACUGGAGCGGAAAGUUCAAGGAUGCCUUGAAGCCCGUCUUCAACGAUUUAUACGACUCUGUCAAGACCGGAAAGGAGACUCAGCGAUCCCUUGAAUUCAACUCCCAGCCAGAUUACCGUGAGAAGUAUGAGGUAGAGAUGAAGGAGAUUCGUGAUUUGGAGAUCUGGAGAGCAGGAAAGGCCGUCCGAUCUCUCCGUCCUGAGAACCAGAAGUAA